UCUUUCCUUCUUCCCUACGUUCGUCCGCCAGGCGCCCGAUCCCGCCGGCGGCGCCUGGGCUCGAUCCCGCCGUCGCCGGCUGCGCUCCGUCCCGCCGCCGCCCGCCCGCCUCCGGUCCACCUCCUCCUCCCCGGCUCGCCCAGAUCCGGCGCCGGCAGCCUCGCCCCUUCCCGCGCCGGGGCACGAGUCAAAGCAGAGAUCUUUUUUCGGGAGGGAGCGGAGCUCGAGUGCCUGCUCGUUCUCGGUUGGUUCCUGCUGCUGUUGAGAGGAGGAGAGUGCGGGAGCCUCUGCACGCACGCGUGCCCACCAUCCGCGUCAAGGUCAAGUUCAACGGCGUCUACCACGAGAUCUACAUCAACGCGCAGGCCUCCUUCGGUGAGCUGAAGAGAUGUUGUCGGCCAAGACGGGGCUGCACCCGGAGGACCAAAAGCUGGUGUACAAGGACAAGGAGCGGGACUCCAAGACCUUCCUCGACAUGGCUGGCGUCAAGGACCGCUCCAAGCUGGUGCUGCUCGAGGACCCCGCCGCGCAGGCCAAGCGAAUCCUCAAGCAGCGCCGCACCGACAAGGCCGAGCGUGCCGCCAAGUCCAUCUCCCGCAUCAGCCUCGACGUCGACAAGCUCGCCACCAAGGUGUCGGCGCUGGAGACCAUCGUGGGCAAGGGCGGCAAGGUGGUGGACGCCGACGUGGUGACCCUCACCGAGGCGCCGCUGCGUGCCUACUAUGGGGAGCACACGUGCCGGGGCGCCGCCGCCCGCCGUCGUCGACUUCGGCUCCAGCUUCUUGGGCUCUGCCGACGCGGCGUCCAUGUCGCAGGGGCAGGAGGGGGGCUGGUCGCCGCCGUCGGUCUCGGCGUCGCAGGCGGGGCUCAAGCACGAGGGCGCGGGGUAGGGAACGGACGAGUGGGAGAGGUGUGUGGCGUGACGAGAGAAUGAUAGGUAGCAUCCAGUCGUCGGCUGGAAAAAUAGAAGGCUAAUUUACUCGUCUCGUUUAAGUGGAGGUUUAUAUUUAGGUGAGUAAAAUUUAAAAGUGAAUUUUUAAAUGAG